AUGCUCCUGAAGCACGCGUUUCCCGCCCUCGCAUAUGCCACCUUCGCCGGUGCGUGGUCGACGUUUGUGGUCCCGCACACUGAAGGGGUGGACGACACGCUCGCUCUGAUGGCUGCUGUUGAGAACUACACGUCCAACGCGUCCAUCGUCUUUGCGUCCGGCACGACGUACAACGUGUGGUCGCCUAUCACCUUUCCGCCGCUCACGAACGUCGAGGUCGUCGUCGGUGGUAAUCUAUCCUAUCCGGAGAGCAUCGAAACCGUGCAGAAUUACGUUGCUGCUGCGAAUUUUUCGGGCGCUUGGAUCUCGUUCACAGGAGGAAAUAAUGUAACACUUCGUGGGAACACCGACCCCGACUGGGGCUGGGUUGAUGGCCACGGACAGCAGUGGUGGAACAUUAUGCAGCAGACGAACAGGCCGUACGGAUGGUUAUUUGGAAACAUCACGAAUGGCGUCAUUCGUGACAUGAAAAUAUACAAGCCUAUAGCGUGGAACUUCCUGACCACUGGGUCCAACUACUUGCAUAUCUUCAACAACACGAUCCUCGCCGGGUCGGACAACGCUUCCUUUCCUUUCAACACUGAUGGAUUCUCCGCCGGGGGCACCAACUUGCUCUUCGAGCGCAAUCACGUUGUAAACGGCGACGACUGUCUUACCGUCAUCAACGGAGCGAAGAACAUCACUUGGCGAGACAGUUACUGCGAAGGAUCGCAUGGCCUUUCUGUUGGCUCCCUAGGUAAGGGUGGGCAGGACUCCUUGGUCGAGAAUGUUUUGUUUGAGAACACGAUAAUGAACCGCACGCUGUACGCAGCGCGUUUCAAGAGCUGGACGGGCGGGAAUGGGGCCGCGAUCAACGCGACAUGGAGAAACAUCGUAUUCAUCGACGUUAUGUUCCCCAUCUAUGUGACGCAAAACUAUUGGGACCAAGAUGUUGGUCCGCGUCCGAACUCGUCGAGCGUGAAUGAGACGCAUAUUGAGAACUUUCUCUUUGAGAACUUCGUCGGUGUCAUAAACGACACACCCGGGUAUGUCGAAGGCUCAUGCAUCAGCGAUCCGUGCUGGUACUACGUCCCUGGCGCGACCGGGAAGGAAGUCGUCAUCUUCGACCUGUACCCGAACACUGCGACGAAUAUCGUCGCUAAGAAUCUCUUCGCGCGCACACUGACAGGUGCACCUGUUGCGGCAAUGUGUAAUGUAACUACUGUCACAAGUGACGUCGGAUUUGUGUGCUGGGAUGGGCCGUACAUCCCCACUUCAACGGGACUAUAG